UGGGUGCAACCCGGAACCGUGGCUGUGUUUCCGGUUCCUCGGGAAGAUGUUUCUGCUGGUCCGGAGGUCGCGGCUCUUCGGGUCGCUGAUACUGAAUAAUUGCUCAUCAGAAGCCAUCAGUAACGGCCGCUUAGCCAGGGAGAAGGCAAAAGGGACUGUUGUGAGGCAUCAUGUGGCACGCAGCUCCACAGGAACCAUUUCCGAGGCCACCGAGGAUUCCUUCCUGAAGUGGGCCCUGCUUUUGAUCCCCGUUGCCACCUUUGGUCUUGGAACCUGGCAGGUUCAACGUCGGAAAUGGAAACUGCAGCUCAUCGACGAACUGAAAGAAAGAAGCCACUUGGACCCCGUGCCUCUUCCCUUGGACGGACUGGAAGUGAAGAAGCUGGAGUACCGGCGGGUGCGGGUACGCGGGAGGUUUGACCACUCCACAGAGCUCUAUGUCAUGCCCCGGUCACUGGUGGACCCGGACAGGGAGGCACGAGAGGCAGGGCGCCUGACUUCCAGCGGAGACAGCGGCGCCAAUGUGGUCACACCAUUUGACUGCACGGAUCUGGGAGUGCGAAUUCUUGUGAACAGGGGCUUUGUACCCAAGAGGAAGAUCAAUCCAGAAACGAGGACAAAAGGACAGAUUACAGAUGAGGUGGAGCUGGUUGGGGUCAUUCGACUGACUGAAACACGCAAGCCAUUCACCCCUCAGAACGACGUUGAGAGGAACUGCUGGCAUUACCGGGACGUAGAGGCAAUGGCACAGAUUGCAAACACAGAGCCCAUACUCAUUGAUGCAGACUUUGACAGCACGGUCCCUGGAGGCCCUGUUGGCGGGCAGACCCGGGUCACCUUGAGGAAUGAACACCUGCAGUACAUACUAACCUGGUACGGACUUUGUGGAGCUACCUCCUAUAUGUGGUUCCAGAAGUUUAUACGGAAGAUCCCUGCCUAGAGUCGUCCCUUCUGGAAUUCCAUUCAACUUGCCAGGUUUUUCCAAUGGAAAUGUUACAAUCAAUCACACUUAAUAUUCCCAAUAAAAUUAGUUUCUCCAACAGCAA